ACGCUCUGAUCAUUGAUUCAUAUGCCAAAGAAAAAAAAAACUCAUUGCAAUUUCUAAAUUUUCACGCACAUCCAUCUAAAUGUCGAACUCACGUUUGUGUUUGCUCUCACUCGUGUCCAUCUUAUCCUUACUCAUCACUACUACAACCAAUCUUGUCGCUGCUCAGCGUCAGCGAUGUCGUCCCGACCAAACCGAAACCCUCAAGCGUUUCAAAAAUGAGUUCACCUUCUCCAGCAGCUGCAGCGACGACGCCUACUUCUUACGCGGUGUGACAUGCGAUAACGUGACCGGUGCGGUCACCAUACUAAAACUCCCCAGUGGAUGUCUACGUGGCACUCUCAGAGACAAUAGUAGCCUCUUCGAGCUAAGCCAUCUCCGUUACCUCAACCUCUCUUUCAACAACUUCGCUUCUUCUUCUUUACCCUCUGCCUUUGGUCAACUACACAAUCUUGAGGUCUUGCUUCUCUCCUCUAAUGGCUUCUUAGGUCAAGUUCCUUCCUCUAUACGUAACCUCACUAAACUAACUCAGUUAAAGCUUUCUCAUAAUAAGCUCACAGGUGAUUUAACCUCACUUCUACAGAACCUAACAAGCCUUGUGGCUUUAGACGUUUCUUCUAAUGAAUUCUAUGGAACCAUACCUUCUUUUCUCUUCACUAUGCCUUCCUUGUCUUAUCUUGAUUUGAGUGAGAAUCAUCUCUCUGGCCCACUUGAACCCCCUUUUUCUUUGCCUAAUCUCCAAUUUCUCAUGCUCUCUCACCUAAACAUAAACCACCAGCUUGACUUAAGAAUCUUCUCCUCUCUCAAAUCUUUGUCAUACCUUGAUCUCUCCGGAAUCAGUUUAGCACCAAUAAGUAUGGAUUCAGACAUCGACUUCACAAAGAACCUGAAUGUCUUGCUCUUGUUGGAAUGCAACAUAAGUAAGUUCCCUAGAUUCGUGAGGUCUCUAAAGAAUCUAGAGAAUUUAUAUCUUUCCCACAACAGAAUUAAAGGGAACAUUCCUGACUGGUUAUGGAGUCUUCCUCGUUUGACCACGCUUUAUCUGUAUAACAACUCCUUCACCGGUUUCGAAGGCUCAUUAGAUCAUGUUCUAGCUAACUCACCGGUGCAGGUUCUAGACAUGGCUUAUAACUGCUUCAAAGGAUCAUUCCCUAAUCCACCACGCUUUAUCAUCAACUUGUCUGCUUGGAACAAUAGUUUCACCGGAGAGAUCCCUCUCUCAACCUGUAACCGAACAUUUCUUGAUGUUCUUGAUCUGUCCUACAACAACUUCACGGGCUUAAUCCCUCCAUGUCUCGGUAAUAUGAACGUAGUGAAUCUCCGGAAAAACAAGCUGGAAGGAAACAUCCCAGACGAGUUCCACAUCGGCGCUUCUACACAGACGCUUGACGUGGGAUACAAUCAACUAACCGGGAAGCUUCCAAGAUCUCUCCGGAAUUGCUCACUCCUAAGGUUCUUAAGUGUGGAUGACAACAGAAUCAAAGACUCGUUUCCCUUCUGGCUCAAGGCAUUGCCGAGUUUGAAAGUCCUUACUCUACGUUCAAACAGAUUCUAUGGUCCUAUAUCUCCACCUUAUGGUCCAGGUCCUCUUGCGUUUCCUAAGCUCCAGAUACUUGAAAUAUCGCAUAAUAGAUUCACCGGAAGCUUACCAAGAAACUACUUUGAGAAUUGGAGUGCAACAUCUCUUAAGCCUAAUGAUGAAGAGAAGUAUAUGGGAGACGAUACGAGUGAUGAGUAUAUCUAUCAAGAGAAGCUGUAUAUGGGAGACUAUACAAGUGAUAAGUAUAUCUAUCAAGAUACUUUGGAUUUGCAAUACAAAGGUCUAUACAUGGAGCAAGGAAAGGUACUUACAUUUUACUCGGCCAUCGAUUUCUCUGGGAACAAACUGGAAGGGGAGAUUCCUGAAUCUAUUGGUCUGUUGAAGGCAUUGAUUGCUCUCAACUUAUCAAGCAACUCAUUCACAGGACAUAUCCCGUUGUCUUUCGCCAAUGUGAGUGAGCUCGAGUCAUUAGACCUGUCAAAGAACAAACUGUCUGGGGAGAUUCCUCAAGAGCUAAAGAGGCUUUCGUAUUUGGCGUACAUAGAUGUUUCUGAUAAUCAACUCACUGGUGAAAUACCACAAGGGACACAGAUCAUAGGGCAGCCUAAAUCCUCAUUUGAAGGGAAUCUAGGGUUAUGUGGUCUCCCUCUUGAAGAAAGUUGCUUCACCGAAAACACACCAUCAAUAGAAGAGCCAGAUGAAGAAGAAGACGGAGGAGUAUUGAAGUGGAGAGCAGUGGCAAUAGGGUAUGGACCUGGAGUUCUGUUUGGAUUAGCAAUAGGAUAUGUUGUUGCUUUGUACAAGCCUGAGUGGUUCAUCAAGAAUUAUAUUCAGAACAGGCUCCUAGGCAUUGGACGCCUUUAG